CAGUUCUUGGGCGUGGCCAGAGGAGCUCGGUAGCUGUUCAGCUGACUGGCGGAGCCCGAGACCAGGUGCUUGCGACUCAGAAAGACCUGCAGCACUAAGGAACGGCGGUGGCAGGGUCUACCGAACUGCAAGGUGACAGAUUUGGUGGACGGGCACAAUGAGAGUUCAAAGGCAACUCAUCGUACUCCUGCUUCUGGCUGUCCUCUGUUCCACAGGUGUUAGCCUCAUGUGCUACAACUGUUUAGACCCGGUUUCCCCGUGCAGAACAAAUAUCACUUGUUCACCUAACCAGGAUUCCUGUCUCAUCGCUGUGUCCGGAAGGCAAAUCUAUCAGCAGUGCUGGAAAUUUUCAGAUUGCAAUUCCAUGUUCAUUUUGAGCCGAUUAGACCUCCUAAAUGUCCAGUACAGAUGCUGCCAGAUGGACAUGUGUAACAAAAAGCUCAAAGAAGACGGCAACGAUGCAAGAGAUGAGGCAACCUCCUUAUCUGGGAAGACUGCGUUGCUGGGGACUUCAGUUCUGGCAGCCAUCUGGAAGCUGUGUUUCUAAGUCAUCACUGAGCUCCGAAGCGCCUCUGUUCUCUAUCUUCUUGGGCUGCUGCAGCACUCCAAAGCUGUUAUUUUUUUCCAUUAUAGCCUUUUGGGAAAGAAUAAAGUUCACUUGAGUAUCGUGGAUAAGAAGAAGGGACUAAGCAGGGUGAGGAGCACCCUGCACCCAGGGAAAACCACUUGAAGUUUAAGGGUGAAGUUUGUAGAUCCAAUUCCCAUAGGUUAUACAAAUCUUUCUCUGCUCUUGGGAGGACUGGCUUUCUAUUUCUGCUUAAGUGGGCUUUUGGCAACCCUCAGGGAUAUCUCUCUGGUUCCUAGAAUAUAGCUGAGAAGUGCAGUCAGCACCUUUAGGGUGAGCGAGCCAGGGGGAUUCUUCAUCAUUCUGUCACACUCAUAAAAUACUUUCAUAGCCGUUGCAGAUCCUGAGUUGGUGUGUAAGUAGUCCAGAUGUGAGCUGUCCAUCAGGAUCACUGAUGUUUGUUUGUUUGUUGAAAAAGAAAAAAAGCUGUGAAUGAAACCCAGAUCCUUGAGCAGGGUGUAAGCAAGUCCUGUACCCUGAAGCCGUACUCCCAGCUCAAGCCUAUUAUCUGAACACUGGAGAGGCAAGGGAUUGCCAUAAGUUCAAGGCCAGCCUGACCACAUAGUGAAUUCCAGGUCACCCAGAACUAUAUAGUAAGACUGCCUCAAGAAAAGAAAAAAAGAAAGAAAAGUAAAAGAAAAAUCAAAACACUAACAAAAAAAAUGAAGGAAACACAAAAAGUCUGUCUGUUCUUUUUCUAGAAGUGACUACAGUUUGAGGUUUUCUGCAUCUCUAAAUUUUGCAUGGGCUUUCCUAACUUUUAUUAGAAAAAUGUAAUUGCCUAUAAUAAUGUUGUAUUAAAGUUAUUUCCUCUCAUUUUUUUUCUUAGAAAAGCAAAUUAUCUUGACUUUGAGCCACAUAAUGAAAUAAUAAACAGCCUGUGCUAUAUGA